AAUCCCGAAGAAUCCCGCAAUUGUUUAUAGUCCCGUGCGCUGGAGAGUUUCGCGGCUUUCGAAACGUUGCCACUACCGGACGAAUAUUUAACCCCGGCGGCUGAUCAUACAUUUUCUGGUCGCACACCAAUGCGGUUGUAUAUUAAAUACAUUUUUCCACAAGGUUAGUACAGUGUAUUACCUAUUAUAUUUAUAUUUACAUUUAUUUAUUAUAUAUACAUUUUUUUAAUCGUAGUCUCUUAAUUUCAAUUCGUAUAUUUUUCUCCGUUUAACGACGACCGGCGUUGCACCUUAUUGUUACAUUUGUAUUAUACACAGUAUGUAUUUAUGACAUUAUUCAUUUUCGUGGAAAAAACAAACAUUAGUAAAACAAUUUAUUACGACGACGGUAUAAUAAUAUAACAUUAUUAUCAGAUCGAUUUAACGUUAUCGAUGUUAUCGACAAAUUAAACCCGAUUGACAAUUCUGCGGUACAUCUUUCAAAUCGGGAAUCGAACAGAGGCGAUAAAGUUCAUAUUACAUAAUAUCUACAUCCAUAAUAUUAUCAGUUAACGAUUUUUAAACGUAAAUUUCGUAAAUUUUAAAUGUCUCAAAUUUACGUUCUACACCUGUGGUAGCCCCGUACAAGUGUCAUUUUUCUCAAGUAUCUAGCCAUAUAUGCACAUCAUAAUCUGUAUUAAUUAACGCUUUACUUCCGUGAAGUUCCAGUUCGAAUCCUAUAACGAUAGAUUAAACUAUGACGUGUUUUUAUUUUUCUCGGUAAACAAACAUUUACAUAUAUAUACUGUAUCAGACCUAGAUUUUUCACUCGGAGGUCCCCACUUAUAAUUUCAAACAUUUUUUUCAUUACUCUCGACAAUUUCGCGAACAAUUUAAAAACAAAAAAAAGGAACCCCUACAGCGAAUGCUGACAAUAUAACAAAUAAAUUUACUCGUCUAUUUGUAUUGUUUAACAUUUUGUCGCACCUAUAGUAUAGGUACACUUUAACAAAAUAAACUUGCACAAACGUGAGGUAUAAAAAAAAUAUUUGACAUUUAUUUAAUUUUGAACAUAUACGCAUAUAAACACGACUAACCGCACGAUUUCGAGUAGUUAUGUAUGUUUUUUCAACCGUUGAAGUGGACCCAUUUUACAAACGGAUACACAAAUAUAAUAGUGCUUCCAUAGAAAAAUAAAAACUUCCAGAAAACCCGUAUUCCGUAUUUCGGGAAUAGGUGAAAAACCUACAUUAUUUUUUCUGAAUGAUCUAAUUAGUUUAUACUGUGAAUUAUUUUUCAUUUUUCAACAGAAAUUAUAUUUUUCAUAUUUGAUAUUCAAAUAAGUAAAAAUAAGUAAUAUAAUAAAUUAUAAUUAUAUAAAAGAGUAAAAGAGUAUAAUAAUAAAUUAUUGUUUCAAAGAGUAUAAUAUUCACUAUUCACUAUUCACUAUAGUUACAUAAUAUAUGUUACAAACAAUAUCUAUAUCAGUAUCAUAUAUAUUAGAUACAAUAAUAUUGUAUCUUAUUAUAUCGCGAUACAGCUUUCGUGCAUGGUGUAUUGCGAUACUGAAAUCAAUGUAUCUAUUUAUAGUAUCGAUUAUAUGUUCAUACACAUUUUGAAGUAUUUUUCUAGCCCUACGGUAUUUCCUCCUCUAGAUUUUCGAAAAAUAUACUAAAAACUUAAAUUGGGAAUAAUGGAUAUUGUUGGUGAUUUUGAAAAAUGUAUUUAAUUAAUCGAAAAAUUUAAUUUAAAUUUAAUGCUCAACAAUUUUCGUUAUGCGUACACUGUUAAUACUUUUUAGUAAUUAGUAGAUUAUGUUUCAUUAUUAUACAGGUUGUUUUAUGAUUUUUCCGAUAGCUUUAAAAGUUAAAAAAAAAAAUUGUUUACAUUUUACUUGUCAAAGAAAAAAAUCAGACAGGAACUUUGCAUGACGUCCAAAUGUAUUAGAAUCGACAUACCAAUUAUUUAUAAUUUCUACCUUCGUAAAUGCGUUAAAAUUUUUUUUUUAAUAAAAACCUAAAGUUUAGGUAUUUAAACAGAUUAUCCAUUCGAAACAAUCCGAUUUCGUAAUACAAUUUUUACAAAGGAUAAGAAAUCAUUAAUUUAAAAAAAACAAUGAAGAUGUAUUCGUUUCUUAUCAACUUUUAGAUUAUUGAUGUCAAUAUAUCUACUCUUUUAGUAUAAACAUUUAGACGAUUACAUUAUUAACUAAAAAAAUUAACACGUACUUACCUAUAAGUAUAUCGUGAUAUUGUUUAAUUGAAUAAUUUAAAAUACCUACCGUACUGAUUUCUAUAAGAUUUAAAUGGCUUUUUUUUCCCCAAUAUUUUAACUAGUAUAACUAUUCAUCGAAUUGCAAUAAUAGCACUUUUUCUGAAACGAAAUCUGAUUGAGGUGGUACAUUAGAGAGGUCAUUUUUUUAUUUUCCCAGGAGUUUUCAAAUAAAUAAAAAAAAAAUGGUAAAAAAAAACAUUGGUAAAAAUCGGGAAAAAAGUUACAAUAUUAAACAAAUAUUAUUAAAUAAAAUGUUUAACGCAUAUUUAAUUAUUUUACCAAAAUAUGUCAUAUAUAUUGUUGAUAAAGCAACACUAUUAAUCGAACUCCACUCACAAUCGUUAUUUUGUUAUCAAUGGUUAUACUUAUUGUUUAUAGAUAAACAUUAAAUUCUCGUCUAUACCUACCCAACUCCUCACUUCUAACAGUGGCUGCGCUUGUCACUAUUAUCCUAGCACAGCUUUUUAAAGUUUAUUUUCUGUUUCAUAUUACAAUAUACGUUAUAAUUUUACUUCUGCAAUUUUUACCAUUGACAGUGUCUAUUUAAUAUGGUUUUAUCAUUUUUAUCGAAACUUUGAAAAAAUAAAACACUAUAAACUUUGCUUACGCUAACAUGACACACAGAUGGACGUCCAUUAAGAAGUAGAAAAUAUCGAGUCUAUCUUUUUUUUGUACCUUUAUUAAUUUUACAUUAGUUAACAAUUUAACCAAAAAAAAAAAAAUCAAUAUAAUCAAUCAAAAAAUACAAUAAAAUAUCCAUUGUUAUACCCUAUAGAAUUUUGAAGAUAGAAUCUGUAUAGUGUAAAUUGUAUAUAAAAAAAGAUGGACAUAAUUUAAACGAUGGGUGUGCCACUGUUUUUGGUGAGAAGUUAGAAAGGUAGGAUAUAAAGGGGAAUUGAAUGUGUAUCUGCAUGCAACGAUUAAUCUUUGCUGACAAAAAACGAUUCUGAGCGGAAUUCAGGUUUAGGCACAUGUUUUUAAAAGCCGUUAUAUUUACAAUUUUCGUUUAAUUUUAAUUUUAAAUUCUACAUUAGACUUUUUUUUACCCCAAAGUACGACUUAUCAAAGACCUCUUGUUAAAUUUUCGCUAUUAUCGUCACAGGAUACUUCUUGAAUGUUGUGAAAAAUAUAAGUAUUGAAAAAUAUCGGCUUUAACUACACUUGAAAAUUCCAAAAGUCAGAAUUUGAAUAUAAGCAAAAUUUAACCGAAAAAAUGGGGUAAGCACGCUUAAUGAAUGACGCUGUACAUUUUUUAAUAAUAAUGUCAAUUAUGCUAACAGCGUGAUAAAUAUAGGUUAGUUUUUUUGACCCAUAAUAUUAUUUAAUAAGUACAUGUAGCUGUUUAUGACCGAUUUUGUAGAAAUAUACGAAAUUCGUUAAAGAUACAAAAAUAUUAAUAGAAACAUUUUUAUUUAAAAAAAAAUAAUAAUAAUAAUUCUUUACAAAGCGAUUAUCUAGUGAAAAUUUUGAGUAAAUUAAAUUAAAUUUUCAGACAUUAGAAUCGUUUACGUUAUUAUCAGUUUUUAAAAACUUUGAAAAAUAAUCUCUUAUUUCGCAUACCAUUAAUCAUUUUUUAUUUUAAUAUAACAAUUCAUGUUUUUAAAACAGAUUCGAAAAAAAAAUAUUCGUCUAAACAGUCCGAUAACAAAUUUUGAUUCCGUGUCUCAAAAAUAAUUAGAAUUUUUUGAACUCAAAAAAAAGAGAUAUACAAAUUUUGUGAUAUAGUUUUUAUUUCAGACCACUGUACGUCGACCAGUUGUUCCUUAGCGUUAACGUUAUUCGCCUAACCUAUCGAGCUAUCUUUCAUUGAACAUUUGAAAAUCAAAGUUAUUUUGCAGGUAGAUAUAUAUAUAUAGUUAAAUAUAAUGCAUACGGUUAAUUAAUGUUAUAUCAGUGUCAACUGAGAUAAAACACUUGAUUUCCGACGAUAUUUUUAAAAUUGCUUAAACUUUUUUAAAUCACUAUUUGCAGAUAUUUCAGAGGAGUUGUAGCCUCCCCAUAAAUACACUCGUGUAAUGCCGUAUUCAGGGGACACAGAGUCACGUGCUCCACAAAAUUCGUUUUUAUUAGUUAUAUAGGUUAUUUUGUUAUAUUUUAUUAUUCUCAAAAUAAUCGGUAAUAACGAAAAUGAUUCUUUUUACGAUGUGUGCCUCUGAUAUCCGUAUUCCUUCACAUCAUGAUCAACAUAACGUUAGACAGUCAUUAUCUCAAAAAGUAUUAACAUUUUUGUGAUUUUUUUUUUUUUUAGUUUAAGAAACAAGCAGUUUUACAUUACGUUACUUACCGUUCAUUUUUAUCACCUUUAUUUUUGAGGGUGAAACUACAAUACUCACAUAUCCAAAAAUAAUUGAAGUUUUAGUUUAAAUACAUUUUUAUGAAGAAAAUUAGAAUAUGAUCUCAUAUUAUUCCAUAGUAAUUCAAUUGUUAAAGAAAACUGACAGAAUAAUAUUCAAUCGAAAUAUAACUGGACUAAUCUUAUUAGUUAUUAAUAAGAUUAUAAAUAUUAUAAAAUAAUGUUUGCUGACUGGGUUAUUUUAUGAUAAUUUGAUAUACGUAUAUUAUGCAUAUUUUACUCUUAUUACGUUACGUGCGAUGAAUAAUAUUAUAAAAUUAAUUGUUUUUAUAGUUAACUUAACCUAUCAUGGAUGAGAGACAUGUAUUACUUUUUAAAUUUAACAGCCCUUCCCCUUAUCCAAUAACACAAACGUUGAUGACAAUCCGAUUAAAUCAGUGAUUCUAGACGUGGGUACUACCGUUCCCUUGAGGACAUUUUUAAUUUUGAGAGGGGCGUUUAAAAAUAUAGGGAUUCUGUUUCAUAUAUUUGUAUAGUUUAUCGUAUAUGACUUAUAUUUUAAUGCAAUGCAUGUAAAUCAGCGUUGUGCUAGUUAAAAAACAUUAAUCAGUGUAUACUGAAACUAUAUUAUUUACCCAUAUAUAUUAAUACAAGUGUCUAUGUUCAGUAUAAUCAAAAUAAAAAGUCAUCAGUUUUUAGUGUGUUGAGGUUUUUGAAAAUCCAAAAAACUCGCUUGUAUUGGAGGUCGAGAGUUAUUUAUAGUGCUUAUGAAGAAUAACAUCUUAAAAGAAUAAUAUAAUUUUAAGUAACAGCUAAUAGAUAAUAGAUAAUAUACGAUAUAUCACAAAAAAUUGUAAAACUAAAAUAAAUUAAAUACAAUCAACAUGUACAAAAAAAUAUAGAUAAAACACAUGGAAGUCGUAAAUAUAAUAUAAGAUAAAGUAGCAAUAAAUAGCCCACCGUCCACAUAAUAAUAAAUUAUUUAGAUAACCAAUCAUAUUAUUAGUAAAACUAGUUCUUAAAUAUUUGUCAUCAUUAAGAUUUAGUGAAUUGAACGCUUUAGGUGCUAAAUAGUCCAUAAAUGUUUAAACUCUUUAAAAAAGUAAUUAGUCGUAACUUGACUAUUAUUUCAAGAAUCUUUGCAAAAUUUCUAAUCAAAGAAAUUGGUCUACAAUUGUUUACUGCUUGUUUAUCACUAUUUUUAAAAAGUGGUUCAACAAUAGAUAUUUUAAACUGUGAUGAAACUAUUCCUUUUUUAGACUUAAAUUAUAAAUAAAGGUUUUGGUUUUGUAAAAGAGAUUUCUAUUUGCUUGAGUUAGUUGAUUGUUGCUGUCGAUAUUACCAUUUGCCCAUUCUUUAUAUACUUGAUUUGCUGUUAAUUUAAAAUUUUUUGCUUCUUUCAUUAAAUUUCGUUUCUUUUCUCUGGAGUUUAAAAUAACCACAAUUUUUCUUGAUUUUUUUUUUGUUACUCGAAUAGGCUCUAUACGCAUGAUGCAUCGAGAGCUCAACUUUUAACUUUGAUGCUAUUUGCUUCAUUAUUUCUACGCAGUUCUCAUUUUUAACUUCUGGAACGCCAACAAAGUUGCUUUCAAGCGUUUUCUAUUCUAUAAUAUUUAAUCGCUUAUUUAGAAACAACACAUUCUCUAUCAGCUUCACAUUUUGAGCCUUAAUAAAUUUAUUUUCUAUUUCUGAGUUACUCAACGCUGAAAAAAUAUCUUUCAUUUGAACUUUGAAAUUAUCGAUCUGCUUACUCAUAAAAUCUACAAUACUAGACUUUCAAUGAUAGAAUCAGAAAAUGAGUUAGUUUUUGCAUUAUUUUCAAUAAGUGGUUUAAUUGCUUUGCACUUAGAAAAAGUUCACGUUUCUUUAGCCGUAUUUGACAAUUUAUGAAAAACAGCUUAUCUAAAAUUUGCACAACCAAAAUACAAAAGUUCAUUGCAUUUGGUACAUUUUAACUCAUCAUCCUCGAAUAUUUCUUGGUUGCAAAUUAAGCAAAUCAUUUUAAACACUAAUCAUGUUAAAAUUAUAUUCCACGGAGCAAUUGAUUAAAGGGGAUUACGACACAACCGUAUUCAACGGAUACUGUUGAAUAACUGAAUAUUGAAUAAAAUGAAUAAACUUAUUAUAUAUAAACAUACAAAAGUUAUAAAUAUUCUGUUUUAUACAUUUCCAGGUUUAUAUUAAAUAUAUAAAAUCAUCAAUAUCAUGGUGGUUCUUUGGAGUAAGAUAACUUUAUUUUUGAUAUCGCUGUAUAUGAUCGCAUGGUGUGAUUCGGCGUUUCAGAAACCUCUGGACCCUUUCACAUUACUAAGAUACGAUAAACGGACAGCCGAGGACCAAUUAUCGAACAACGAUAAAAACGCUUCCGUAGAAUUCGAUGAAUACCCGGUAAGUAUACAUUUUAAAUGUCUCCUAUAUUAAAAUUAGUGAUGUUUAUUUAUUAUGGUGGUCUCAAACGAAAACAAAAACUCAAGGUGACUAACUAUUUUACUUCGCUAAUCGACAGCCCUGCAACAGUAGAUAUCAGUUAUAAUAAAAUGUCUCUAUUUAUGGAAUGUAGCUUUUACUUAUUCGAUAUCGGCCGUUAUCCGUCGGAAUAACAAACCGCUUCUACGAUAUCACGUGAAUAUUUUAGAUUCUGAGUGUACAAAAAAAUCUAUAUAUUAUAUUACCAUCGUAUACUUUUGUUUUUUUUUUUAAUCGUUUUUUGUGAUACGUAUUUGACUUUCAAAAGUUGAAUUUAACAAAUUUACUAUUGAUAAACUAGAUCUAUCAGCUGUUGCAAUCCAAGCAAUUACCAAUCAUGGCAAUCGAAGUAUUUAAAUGUUAUAAUUUAUAAUUACUAAUAAUACUAUAAAAGUAUAACUACUAGUAUAAUAGCACUAGAGUCAACUAUAUAACAUUGUUAAAAAAAAGUAUUGAGUAGUGUUUAUACACAAUUUUGACUAAAAUAAUAAUGUCGAAUUUAAUAAUUCAAUUUGACUAACAUGUCUCUUGUAUCGAUUCAAUUAAUUAAAAAAAAAAAAUUAGAUCAAUAAAUUUAGUCCUCUAAAAGAUAAUUUUUUAAAUUAGUUAUGAAUAGUUAUGUAUGAGAAGCAUUUAAUAAUAAGAAUGAAUAUGGUUACUAUAAUGUGUUUUUUUUUCUGUCUAUAAACGACUUUUCUACCAUUAAAUCUUGUUUUAAUUAUCAACUGUAGUAUCUUUUCCAAACAUAUCAAAACACAUCUAACUGAAAUUUGCUCAAAUCGGUUUUUUUUUUCAUUUAUAUCUAUACAUAUUUAAUUAAAAUAAAAUAGACAUUUUCCGUUGUUGUCAAAUUUUAUAACUAAAGAAAUAUUUUAUUAUUAUUAUUUUAGGUAGUUGUUCCAAAAAGGACGGCACUGUUGCUCGAUAGACUGAUGGUGGCUUUACAAAAAGCCGUAGAUGGAAAUAACGCGGGAAACAUGAAAGGUUACUAUCCCGAAAGAUCAAUCCCUGCAGCGAUUGGUGGAGCUCCUAGAACAAACCCUGGAGUGAGUGAUAAUAUAAUAUAAAUUAUUAAUAUCAUGUACAGUAUAUAGUGUAUAUAGUGUAUAGCUCAAUGCAUCUUUAUUACUCGUGUACAGAAUACUAGGAAAACUAUUUACAAUGAUCAACUUAACUCGAAAUUAUUUUUAGAAUACAAUAAUUGUCAAUUUAUAUUUAAAUUUCAAAUAAUUAUGAACCGCUUUUCACCUUUUACAAACUUGCAAUUACUGCGAUGCUUAUGUGUCUCCAAUAUCAAUCCUUUUCAAACAGUUUGCACAUGUGACUACGGAUUUAAUGUAUGACUGAAUUUUUCAUGAAAAAAUUUAAAAAAAUUAAUUUAAACAUCCAAAUUGUAAAUUCAUUAAAUACUAUGAUUAUAGAGUAAUGUUAUAAUAUGUUUAAUAAAAAUCAAUAGGUGUUAUGUUUUAUUUAAUAAUAUUUCAUUUCUUAAGCUGCAUAUGCUAUUGCUAUAUAAGGAGAGCAAACAAGAAACUAUUACUUUUAUCAUCGGUUUUUUUUCUUUAUAAGGAAAAAACUUUUUUAUAGUAUUAAAAACUAAAAACACUCAACAAGUUUUAUUCAACUUUCUCGAGGGGUAAUUGAACAUGAAUUAUACUUUUUCCAAUUUGACGGCCCGAACACCGUACAAAACUGAGGAAAAACAAUAUUACGCAUAAAGUAUAAACGUGGUAAUGAAAUUAAGCGGCAAAAUCAUUUUCUGAUCGAAAUGAUUUAUCGUUGCUGUCAACAAUUUUCAAAUAAUAAUAAAACACUCUGCCUACACAUCCAUGUGACCCUCGAGAAACGAAGACUCGAAAUUCAAAUUUCGUGUCUUGCGAUUAAUUUUUUUAAAAUAAAUAUCAUUAAUACUUUAAUACUUAUCUAUACAUUAAUCGUUAUAUUUUACAAUUCUGAUUGGUUUUAAUGUACACAAUUUAAUGUAGAUAAAUAUAUUUGUGACAUGUGUGAACGUAUUAGUAUAAAUAUAUUUUUAGAUUCUGUGUGAAACGAGGAAUGUACCUAUUGGUUUUACUAUGGGUUUUUAUUUUCUUUGUCUGCAAACAACUUUUUUACUAUAUAUCUUACUCCAAUCAUUAACUUUGGCAUCUUUUAUAAAAGCAAAUUGUUCCUAAUUAAUAUACUAAGAAGAUCAUUUUUUGAUUUUCUUUGCGGUUUUAUUAAUUAUUAGAAAAAACGGGAAAAUACAUGUACGCAAUAACGGUUUCUGUCAUUUUCGAUUAUUUUGUGUAUAUGUGUGUUGUAAUUCAGGUAAAAAAUAAUCGUAGAUGAUUAAAGUUAUGAUCAAAUACUUGGUAAAAUUAGUAACCAAUUCUAAAUGUGGUACAAUUUUAAAAUAAUUUUGUAAUUUUUGAUUUAUUUAUUUCAUUUGAUAUUUAAAAUAAAUAUUUUAACAUAAUACAGAAUAUAUUAAAUUAUUCUGAUUUUCAAAAAUGUUGUUAAAAUGAUUUUGGAUAAUAUUGUACACAAUGAGUGUGAUAUUAACAUCUACUUACGAGAACUUCAAUUUAUUAUUCAUUGUCUAUUUUAAUUAUUUAAAAAUACCAUGGCUUAAAACUCAAUAUAAACAAAUAUAACAUAAAUAUCAACUCUAAUAUAAAAACAUGUGUAGGUAAGAAAUAUUUUUAAAAAAAACCGAAACAAUGAUAAUAUUUCAAAGAACAAAAUAAAAAUAAUUAUUAUUUAAGAUAAAACUUAUUUCUUGUCCGAAAAAUACGAAAAAUAUUCUAAGCAGAGUUCAUGAUUAACAAACAUCAAAACAUUUUACAUUUUCCAGGAUACAAAAAAUUGUAUUUAUCUAGUCGAAUAUAAGUAUAAGAAAUGCCAAGAUGCUUAAGAUUUGUAUAAAAAUUUAGACUUUAAACGCCUAUAAAAAAAACUACUACACUACUCUCAACUUUUUUUUUAUCACUAAGUACAAUUUAUGAUGAACCUUAUGUUAAAUUUUUUACCAUUUUUAAUAAACCAAAAAACCUGUUACUACAUUAAUCUAAAAGAAACUAAAAUAUAUAUUAAAACGUUUAGAAAACUGUAAUACAUGUAGAAAAUGCGAAUAUAUAUAAAUAUUCGGUGUACAUUUCAGACCUUUAAAAUAAUAUUUAAUAUAAAUUUAGAAAAUAUCUACAUUUUCCUGUUUUCCAACAUUUUGUCAAUUAUUAAGUGAAAUACUAAAAAAAAGACUGACAUACUUUACACUAUGGUUAAGCUACUGUUAUAGGUGAGAAGUUAGAAAGGUAGGAUACAGAGGGGAAUUUUAUUUAUAUUUAUACGGAACAAAUAAUUCGAAGCGAAAUUCAGUUAUACAUGUUUUGAAGGGCCGUAAUAUUUACAACACAACUAUGUGAAAAUUUGACAUUAAAAUUCUUAUAAAAAAAAUACUACAUUGAACUCAAUUUUAGAUUCAAAGUGUAGCGAAGAAUAUAUUGGUUUUACAAAGAUGUUUAUUUUUUUUAUGUAAACACUUCUUUUACCAGUAAGUUUACUCCGAUGUAUACGAUGUAGACUCUUUUCUGAAAGGAAAUUUUCUUGGGGUGAUUACUUGAGUGGUACUUUAGGGAAGUUAUUUUUUGAGAGUAGAAAAACUGGAAAAUCAGUACAAUAUUAAACAAAUAUUUUUAAUGAACAUAUAUAAUGCCUAUUUAAAUAUUUUACCAUAUUAUGACAUAUAUGUAUAUUGUAAAGAAAGCAUCAUUACCAACUGAACUCCGCUCAGAAUCGUUUUUAGUAAGCAAUGGUUUAUCGUUGCUUACAGAUACAAAUUAAUUUCCCUCUCUAUAUUCUACCUUUCCAAUUUUUUACUAACAGUGGCUGCACCCAUCGUACGAGGUAUGUUCGUCUUUUUUAUGUUUUGACCACAAAGUACGACUUAUAAUGAACCUAUCAUGUUAAAUUUUCAUAAAUUUCUGACUAGUCUGACAAUUUUAUCUAUUAAGUACUUAAGUACCUAUCGAAUAAAAUUUCCGUAAAAACUCACAAAAUUAAAAUGUCUAUAAAUAUCUAAAAUAGCUAAAAAAAAAAAGCUAAAAUGUUUUGAAAAUUUAGUCACGCCUAUAAAAGGUAAAUAUAAGUUUAAUAAAAAAAUUUCAAGUCUGACUAUUUUCAACUGAAUAACAACAAAACAAUAAAAUUGAAAAUAAUAAAAGCAUUAUUUUUAUAAUUUUUCUCGGUUUUUCUUAAUUAUUAUGAAAAACACUUGGAAAAUCAAAAAAUAAUCGAAAAGAUUGAGUACAUAGUAUAUAUAUAUAAAAAAAAAAUAAACAACAUUGUAAACCAAUAUAAUCCUCGUCGUCUAAAAUCUAACAAAAUUCAAAAUAACAGAAACCGUUAUUGCAUAAAUGUCGAAAAAGCGUAUAAUAGAAAACCAAAAAUCACUUCCUAAUUUCUAUUAAGUUUCUAAGUUUUUUUUUAUUUUGUAGAUGGAACUAAAGAGACAAAAAGGACGGUUAUACUGGAGGUGUUAUUUCAAUGCAGUGUCCUGUUUUAAGUAGAAGAAACACAUACAAUUUGUACACUAAAAUUAUAUAUUUAUUUUUUCUCAUAAAUCAGUUGAAAAUAUUAUACAGUUACCUUUAUUCGUACCCCUUUUUUUUUUAUUAUUAAACAUAAACUGUCUAUCUAGUGUAUACAAUGUGCAACAAAUGAUUUUGUCUAUUUGUAUACUAUUAUACAGAUAUAGUGACAGUGGCUUAUUUGAGACUUCACCUCAGAAUUAUUCAAACCAUAUGUGAAGAAGCUGGAAAAUGCAGGUAAUAUUAAAUAUUAUCACCCA